AGUUUCUGUUUCUUUUUUGGAAGCAAUACUUCACUACUUCACGUUUAGUUAGGAUUACAUUACUUGGUCAUUAUACAUAAGCUAUAUGUAAAACCUAUCUGAGCAUAGGCUCAGAAAAAAAACACAAAAUAUCGAAGUGUGUUCUAAUGGCGAAGUUUUUCCUUGUACUUUUUCUUACUUCCUGGUUGCAACAUAUUUUUCCUCAGCCUACCAAACUCACUGACAAUGUUGAGAUUUGACUUUGGCACGAAGAUUACGCCAAAUCGCUCAUAUGGAUUGGCAACAUUUUCCUUGGAAUAGACAAAUUAAAAGUGUCGGAAUGUCAAUGGAAGACAGAGGUUGUCUGCGAAAGUCCAGAGAAAAAGAGACAAACUGAUUUAAUACAUUUCCAACCAUGGAAAUCGAGAAUGGUGCCGUGAGAGAAGGUGUGUUGGUACCUGUGCUACCAGGUUCGAAGAACUUCGACAAAAGCAUUCGGCCUCCACUGCAAAACUCGUACAUGUACAAGGAGUCUAAGCAGUCUUUCAGAUACAACUCUGCUUUCUUGAUAAACAAUGAUACUCUGCAGGAACGGUAUGAGGCCUUCCGAACAAAGAGGAGAGACAUGGGAUACUCAGAGGAGGAACUGGAGGAGUCCUAUGGCUUCUUGCUGUUUGACGACGAAAAUAAGGCAAAUAAAGUGGGAGAAACUGGUGUUGUCCCUGGACACAGCACAUGCUCAACGCUUGGAGAUCCUUCAAAGGGUGUGUACGUGUCCAAGUACUCGGACUGCCUGGACUUAAACCGCUGGUACCACGGGAAGUCUGGAUAUAUCGCCAUCAUCAGGCUCACCAAGGGCAGGGUCAGAGAGGUGACAGAGAACUACACAGUAAACUACACCUCUCCCUCUAAUGGGUUUGACUGUCAUGUAUCAGAACAUCUCAGUGCUGUGUCAGCCAACACCAGCUCCUUCCUGGCCUUCGAGAGAACACAGUACUACAUGUAUGAGCUGCCUGUUGGCGGGGAAGUCCAGCCUCCCAGCCAUGUUUGCCCAUUCGCUAUCGUGGCUUUCUCCUAUUGGGAUACCAAGACACCCGCAUCAGAGGAGCAGGAGAAAAGUGAGGAAGAAAAACCAGUCUUUCACUACUACCCGUGGAGGGGCCAACUCCAAAUCAGCUCCCAGAUCUACCAUGUGGGUCUGAAGUCCAGCACAGGACCCCUGAUCCCAGCUAAACUUCCAACAAUGAUGGCAGUUGACAGAGCAAUUCAAAUGUCAGAUCUGAGGCAGAAAUUACCGAAGGGUAUAUUUGAAACCUGCUUCUCCGGUGAAGUGUCUCUGGAAGGAAUGGGUUGCAGUCUCUAUGAGCUAGUGCCCAGUGAGGCUGAGGACGCCUCUCUCUCUCUGGUCACACGGGAGCUCAAGGAGAAAGACCUGGCCCUCACAAUACAACUGAAUGAUCGUGGUUUUCUGAUACUCUUACAUUCAUCUCACUUCCUCACAUAUGAAGAUGCUGGGUCCAAGAAGCCAGAGGUAUUGCAGGGGAUGUUUGUGUUUCCGGACUCCAGAGCUAUACAUAGAGACACCAAGGUCUGCUGCAAGAAGCCCUUCCUCUCACCAGAGUGCCUCCAGGUGGUGCCGGCACUGAACUACGCAGAGACCGAGGUGGAAAAGUGCCUCCCUUCACAGAGCGGGGAGCUACGUGGUUUACUAGAGCAGCAUAUCCAGAGCUACGUUUCCCUCAUCCACCCUGGGCUUACCAUCAGUCCAUCCAGGGAGGCCAGCAUCUUCCCAGAUCAGUUUGAUGUUCCCGAUGCCCUCAAAUACCUCUACUCUGCCCCCAAGUGGACUGAGAUGGGAUGGAAACGUCUCAAAUCUUAUUUCCACCAGCCGGGCUCCUUUGAGCUCUCGGUGUCCAGGGCCACGGAGCUUCUGGUGGCAGGGCGAGAGGAGCGAGGAGACGAGCCGGAUGAUGACGUCUACUACUGUCUGUCAUCUCCAGAGGGGCCCCCCAUGAGUCCUGCUAGUCUGGGUGGCCCAGAGGAGCAGCAGUCAGGGGGAGCGUCCCCAGGAGACACAGCUGACACAGCAGCAGACUUUAGUAAAGCACCUGCAGUGUCUACGGAGGCCUUUGAGAAACCUGGUAAGACUAUGGAAGACAGUAAUGCGCCGGACAAAGGAGCAGACGAAGGGAAGAACUUGCAAGAAAGUUUGCCCUCUGAUCUUACCAAGCCUGUAAUCCCUGCAGAGGACUUUGGGAAACCUGGCUUGAACAAGGCAGACAGUAAUGCACCAGGGACAACUUUGCUUCCAAAGGAGGUGCAGGAGGAGGUGCAGAAGGAGCUCCCCUCUGAUCUUUCUCAGCCUGCUGUGUCAGCAGAUGACACUGGGAAGACCAAGGCCGACUGUAAUGCACCAGGGGCAGGAACAGAGGGUGAAGGGACAAGUUUGAACCCAGAGGAGGUCCAAGUUGAAGUACAAGAGAAGGUGCCUUCUGAUCUUUCACAGCCUGCAGUCUCUGCAGAGGACUUGAGGAAAGCUGACCUGGCAGCGUUGGGCAAGGCAGACUGUGACGCACCAGAGGUAGGAGUAGCGAAUGAAGAGACGAACUUGCACCCGAAGGAGGUGCAAAAAGACAUGCCCUCUGGUGUUUCACAGUCUCCAGUCUCUGCAGAGGUCUUGAGGAAACCUGGUCCAGCCCUAACAACCAAGCCCAACAGUAACACACCAGAGGCAGGAGUAGAGGAGAAUGUGAGAACUUUGCCUCAGAAGGAGGGGCAAGAGGAGUUUCCCUCUGAUCUUUCCCAGCUUGCAGUGUCAGCAAAGGCUUUUGGGAUAGCAAGUAUGAGAGUGAUGACAAAGGCCACAGAGGUGACAGGGGGUUCAACCUCACCUGCAUCAGGUGACCUCCCAACAUUGUUAGUCAUCACUGCCACUGAAGGAACUGCAACUGUUUUACCUCACAAUGAGAACCUUGACUUGAUCAACACAGAGUCCACCACAAAUAACUCCUCCAGUGCUCUAAAUGCGGAACGUGGCAAGGCCAAUCAGCCUUCAAAACCCCCAGAGGUCAGUAAUUUCCCUAUAUCUGAUUGGAGGAAACGGCCAAGGAAACGUCAUAGAUUUAGCGGAUUGGGUAAAAGGGUCUUGAGGUCUACGGUGGCUGACUUUGAAGAGAAAGAAAAAGAGGAUAAGGAAAGGAUGGAUGUAACCCAAGAUCACCCAUUGAAAAUGCCAAGAGAACUGAUGAAUUUGAUCCAAGAUCCCCCAUUGAAAAAGAAGGAAAGGAUGGAUGUAACCCAAGUUCACCCAUUGAAAAUGCCAAGAGAACUGAUUAAUUUGAUCCAAGAUCCCCCAUUGAAAAAUAAGGAAAGGAUGGAUGUAACCCAAGUUCACCCAUUGAAAAUGCAGAGGGAACUGAUCAAUUUAAUCCAAGAUCCCCCAUUGAAAAUGAAAAGCAAGGAUUUAAUCCACUAUCACCCAUUGAGAAAUAAAGAAAGUAUGGAUUUGAUUGAUGACGACCAUCCAUUGAAAAAGAAGACAGAACGGUGGGACUUGAAGGCAAUCAUCUCCGAAUGUGGUAGAAUUUUUGUCCCUCACGGUUCAGAAGUUAUCGCCAAGGAUAUAGAUUCUUUGAAAGUUAAGGGGAAAGUGUUAGAUCACAAACAAUGUGCUGACGAGAUGAUGGUUGAAGCUUGUAUCAAAGUCCCCCAACCCAUAGAAACAGGAGAUGGACCUAGCCUAGAGUUGAACAAGUCAGACAAGAGCAAAGAUUUGCCCAUAGGGAUGUUAGACAGUAAAGACAGUCUGCCAGAGGUCAAAAUGGCUGAUCUAGGCAAGAUGGCCUCUCGGAAUCCCUCAGAACUGGUCCCGAACAAAGACACGGAUUCUCCUUCCUCAGGAAAACACAAAAAGAAGCGUCAAUAUGUCGCAAUAUCCCUCAGUCAACUAAAGACAGUUCUUUCAAGAGGGGGAAAGAGGAAGAAACCCAUCAAUCCUGUUUCAGAAGAUCAAACAUCACCCUUGAAGAAGAAAAGCAAGGCUGAUACUGGCAUGGAUGAAACGGAAACAUUUAAUUUGAGUAACAUCAACAAAGCUAGCCCGGACAGAACCACAGGUGCUGUUGAAGUUGCAAAGGAACAGACAUUUGGCCUAGACCAAAAGUUUGCACUAGCAUUGGGCUUGACUCCUACGGAGUUGCAUAAUAAUGCACACAAAUCUCCAGAAAAAAGUGAUAUUCCAUUAAAGGAAGAUAUUCAGAGCAGACUGGGCCUGGUCCCACCUCAAGCCACAUCUGGCCAAACGUCUGAGGCUUUGCCCAGCUCACCUUCAACAACAAUCCCCCUGACAGGUCAGAUGAGACCAUUCAAAAAGAAACACAUGCUCGCAGACUCCAUGAGGAAAAAAUGGUGGUUGCACUAUCAAACACCAGCUUCUUUAGAAAGUGAGAAAGUAGCUAUAUCCUCCCAACUACUGACACUUGACCCGGAUGUCAGGCGUGUUGACCCGGAUGUCAGGCGUGUUGACCCGGAUGUCAGGCGUGUUGACCCGGAUGUCAGGCGUGUUGUCAGUAGGGGUAGGCCCCGCAAAGGUGCCAGUGCUGCAUCAUACACACCUGCAGAUUCUCUGACCCUAUUGGCCGAUUUGGCCCUCAGUACCAGUAAUGACAAAGUACUGGAACAACAGUCAAAAGACCCAAAGGCUCUUGAGAAACAAGAUGGCCGCCCAAGUUUGGUGAUAAGUGACAACAGUGUCAAAGAUGGUGUCUCUCCUCAUGAGCCAGAUGGUGAGCCAGAGUUUGUCCUUCAUGCUCUGCUGAAGCACCCUUCUGCUGCUAGGCUUAAACUCCCCUCUCAGUCUCCGUCACCCAAGGGGCUGGUGGUGGGGAGUGGGGAGCGGGUUGUGUUAGUCUCACAAGAGCAUUCAUACUCACUACCACCAUCCUCUCUACUAUUGGGUUUGUCAGGUUCAAGCCUUGAAGUCCCCAUUUCGGAGGGACUUCAGCAGCAUCGCAAGGAUAUCUCUGCUGACGGAACUCAAGCACUACGGGCCUACCUGUGUCAGCAGCAGGACCAGAACAGGAAGGAACCUGGAUUGACUCCGGAAUCCCUGAGCAAAGGAAUCGGAUGCAGGCAGAAGUUCCAUCGCUUCCGGCGGUUCAUUGAAAAAGAUGGCUCAGUUCAAGUGACAAGGCUGUGGAUGGAAAACUAUGACUUUAGUUCAGACAGCAAGUUUACCAACGACCCUAAGGAUAAAACAGUUACUAGAGCGCUACAUGGCCCAUGGGAUUUUGACAUUAAGGACACAAAGGAACAGGUUCAGCUCAUUAUCCACAUGUGGAUAGGUCUUUUCUACAGCAGGUCCACUGCUAGGUUCUGCCGGGCAGACUCAAGUCUAACAUGUUUGGAAGAAAAGGAUUCUACAGAAGUGGCUCAUGGAAUGGUACCAGCCCAGGUUCCACCUGAGACCAAGACAAGUUCCCCUGCUUAUAUAGCCCUCUCCAGGAUACCAGAACCUACAGUUCUGGACCUUAGUAACAUGGGUAAAAAAGAAACACAACCUUUAAGCCUGGAACCUGAGGUAUUGGACCUUUCAAUGAAAACAACCUCAACUGUUCUAGACUCUCUAGACACAGAGUCUAAGCAGAGAAUAGAGUUAAACAAUCCUCCAGUAUACCUACCAGCAACUGGCCUGCACAAGGAAACCAUCUCUUUUCCAAAACGAAGUACAGGUGUUGAGUUAAAGGUUUACAGAGACUGUGUGGAACUGGAUGAUGAUGAUGAUGAUGAUGAUGAAGACUAUGAAACCAACAACCAUGAGAAUGACAGCAAGGGUACCCUCCAAAAUGGUGUGUCCCCUUACAGAACAACUUUGGAAAGUGAUGGAUCGUACAUACUUUUGUGUGAACAGACAGCAAGUGUGUACAUUCAUCAAGAAAAGGUCCUGGAGACUCAAAGAAUUGCUGAGGUUUUGGAUGGCAAAGACAAAAAGGAGGAGGUGACGGGAGAUGGAGAACAAAACGCAGCAGGUCUUAAAACCAUGGGCUCUAAAGAUGUCAAUAAGGUACAACAACUGAAAGAUAACGAUUUGGUCAAAACGAUGCCAUACACAGAAGUGCAGAUGGAUGGUGAUGCUGCCAAUAUGGCUGACACAGUUGAGCGUAACGCAAAUGAACCCAGAGAUGGGGCGCACGUUGCCAUCUGUGAUGGUAGUGAGUCAAAAGCAGAGAUGCGCAAAGUAGAUCACAACGUCAAGGAUUCUGUUGAAGCCGCAAAACCAGAAGCAGUGCAUGUUGGGAAAGAUACCACAAACAAGGAAAUCGCUAAAGCACAAACUGCUGUGCAUGUUGGGAAGGAUUUCACUGAUAACGAUAAGGCACUCAAAGCAGUGUACAGUGAAAAUGUUCCCAGAGACGAUGGAAACACCAAAGACCAGGUGCAAACUGCAAUGCAGGAUGGGAAUGAUACCAGAGAUGAGGCCCUACCAGCUGUGAAUUGUGGAGAAGAUUCAGGAGAUAAAGCUCGAGCUGUGGUGUGUGAUGGGAACACGUCUGUGGCUGAGGCACCACCAGAGAUAUCACAUACUGAAAAUUAUUCCCAAAAAGCAACACUGACAGUGGUGCAUGGUGGAAAUGAUCCAAGAGCUACGACACUACCUGUGAAAUGUAAUGGCAAGCUGUACAUAGAUGAAGAACCCACUGUAGUGCAUGAUAUAAAUGGUUUCACAGAUGAGGCACUACCAAUGGAGCAGGGUGGGGAUGUUUCUGUUGGCACUACCAGAGAACUGCCAGAGAUGCACAGGGAGAUUAAAUGUAAAGAUGAGCUACUGCCCACGCAAGUAUUUCCAGUAUGCGAUGGGAACAUACCUUUUGUAGGCGAGUUUGACACACUCAUUCAGUCCAAUAAUGUUUUAGGAGAGGCUAAACGUAAAAUAAAUGAGGCUGAUGUCAAUGUAGAAACUAAAGAUCAGGAAAAAGAGUCAAUGCAGGGUCAAAGUUCAACAACAUUCCCGCCAGGGUCCCAACAUUCUCAAGACGAGACAUCAGAAAUACUGACAGGCCAGGUAGAAAUACCACCGAUUCCCAGAGAAGACAUUGCACACACAGAGGUUCUACAUUCAAUAGGUGAGGCAUCAGAGAUAGAGCGAGGUCAGGUAGAAAUGCCAUUUAUUGGAGUAGAGAAGGAUAGCAAGGAUAUCACACACACAGAGGUGCAUGAUACUCACCCAAGUCAGAACGAGACACUGAUCACAGUCUGUGAUAGGGCUAAUGUGUUAUCAGGUGAAAUGCUAACAAAAUUAGUUCCAAAGGGAACGGAAUCUGUCAGUAGAUGCCCAACCCCUACUGUGGAUGAGGUGCUGGAUGGUUACACCCCCAUUCCUGACAUCUGCAGUGGCUCCUUGGCCAUCUGCGAUGCCUAUGGGGACAGCAAACGCCUCAGCACUGGGGAAGGUCACAGCAGAUGCCCAACUCCUACAGAAGACGAGACACCUUUCGUUCCAGGAUUUUCUUAUGACCACAACACACCAAAGACUGUUUUGCUGCCCAAUGUGACAGACACCAACACUCCCAACCUCGAUAGUGGUCUUGCGCUCAUUGAAAAUGAAAAGGCUCAUCAUGAACCACAUGAACCAAGUCUAUACAAAGCUAGGGCUGCUACUAGGUUGCACGAGCUGCGUAAAUCCAGCAACAAUAACAAACCAAAUAAUCUGGAAGCCAUUGAUAAUCAGUUCUCUCAAGUAUUGGCUGAUCCCCGCAAGAAGCCAAUCGCCACUAGCACACCUCUCAACACUCCCUCAACUUCUUUCAAGGAAAGAAGCAAUUACGAUCCAUAUUCAAAUGUGCGACUUACCGCUGUUGAACCAGACCUGUAUGCUCAUUCACGCUCUUACUCGUCUCCCAUCAACCAAUGCUCCUUAACAGAGAAAGCCGCCUUCUCUGUGCCAUCAAUCCACCCUGAAGUUCUAUCCAAUGAAACGACAGAAAUAACGUUAACUGGGGACUUUAGUGAAAUCGCUUUAGAAAGAGAGACUUGCUUGAGUCCUGCCUCAAGUGAGCUCAUCCUACAGUCCACCUGUCGGAGUAUUCCAGUGGCCAGUGGACCUACAGCAGCUUCUCAGAACCUUUCAGUGCACAGUUUUACUCAGCCCCAGCCACAGAGCCAGCAACCUGCCAUGGCUGUGAAUCUAUGGAAGAGUGAGGACAGCAGAGGACAGUACAACUGGGAAGAAGGACAAACAGAUAUUGACCCUAUGUCUUCAGAUGUUCUAGAAAGCAAACAAACCGAUACCCCUGUCUGCUCAAACACUAAUGCUCACCCUUAUAACACACUGUAUGCCACAGAGAUGAGACAGAUUGCAAUUUUGCAAGAUUAUGAGGAUGUUGUGGCAGAUGAUGUUGUGGGUGAAAACGAGGCGCCUUCUGUAGAUCAAGACAACAUUGAAUCCAGUUUAGAGACCAAUUGGAUAUCAGAUGACCAACAUUUAAGAAGUAAAUCCCGGUUGAAUAAAACAAAACUUGACUUCAUCAACUCUUUACGCCAGUCUCAGGAAUGGGAGAAAAGUGAAUUUGAUGAGGUUUUGGACUUCAGCAAGCAAGGCACUUCCUCGUCGGUCACCUUCCAGUCUGGAGAAUCAGACAAAAGACUUUGCCGUAUGGAAAAGAACCAACAGGAGUGGUUAAAGUAUUGUAGGGCUAAGAGGAGUGGCAGCCAGAUGGAUAUGACCGAGGAAGAAGACACCUCAGUGGCAAAGCCAAGCUUAGUUACCAUUUUGGAUCACAAAGGAAACAGAAUCACCUAUGAAAACUAUCCCGUUUUGAAAACUACAGCAAGCAUGCACACACGGACAGUUCCUGACUCUAACAGACGGGGCUCGAGCAGUUUUCUGGAGUUCUCGAAGAGGUGGGAUGGUACACAUAACGCUGAUGAAUCUGAUCUCACUCAGUCAUCUAUGGAUCUGGAGACCCUCAUCUUCUCAGAGAAAAUGAACCAGAUUCUAAAACGUAAAAGGAAGAGUAGCAGCAGCAGGUACAACCGAUCGAGACACCGCAGGUCAAACGUAGAAGAAAGAGCUUCCACCUGUAGCCCGGCUGUGACAGUGCGCUUCUCCAGUCUGCAGGAGGAUCAGGACGGCUCUGAGGAGCACUGGGAGGCGAUACCGUCACUUUCAGGGCAAAAUAUCAGAGUGGAGAUGCCCGAAAGGAUGGCUAUGCCUGAAGAAACAGAUAAAGAACAUCAGCAUCUUAAGAAACUCUCCUAUACAAAGGGCAGUGAGAUGACGCAUGUAAAAGUUUCAGAUCUGGUUGUGGAUAGUUUCAAGGCAUACAAUGCUAUGAUGACUGAGGUCUGCGCAGGCAGAAAGUACCCAUCCAGAACUGAGAGACUCAAGAGGGAAGAAGCAAAGAGAAACAGUUCGCCAAAGUCUCGACCCCCAGGCAAAGACAAAGACUUCAGUGGGCAGAUGAAGGAGGACAUGUAUGACAGCCUGCAUGAUAAUCUGAACUCUGUUGUGAGGCAGUCAUGUAAGAACAAGUUCAGGUUCUACAUACUGGUGACAUCAUCUGACCCAUUCUUCAGAGAGACAAAGGAGCUGUUAGAAGCAGAGGGCCACAUUGCGGUAGAACAGUCUCAAUUCUGCCUUGGAAAGGAUAGUCCAUCGUGCCCUCUACACAUCAUCUUAAGGAACGAAGAUAUUGCUGAACACAUUUGUGAGGUCCCUCACUUGCUUGAGUUGAAGAAGUCUCAGAAUGUGUUGUUUGCUGGUAUCGACCGUCCUGAUGACAUCGUGAACCUGACCCACCAAGAACUCUUCAGCAAAGGCGGUUUUGUGGUGUUUGAGGGAGCAGCUCUGGACACACUGAGUCUCAGUAACAUUAAGAAAAUGUCUGGUUUCCUGGAGGGGCUGAGUAAAAAGGGGAAGUGGAAAUGGCUCUUGCACUACAGAGACAGCCGGAAGCUGAAAGAGAACGCACGAUCUAGUGCUGAAGCACAGGGCAAAAAAAUCUUCAUGGACAUCUGCCAGGAGGCUGGAAUGGUGGAGGUCUUACCCUACCACGAAUGUGACGUCAUUUCAAGGGAACGACCCAACUAUCUCCACUGUCUAGUUCGCCUGCAGGUCCAGAAUGUAUCGGCUCGUCUACCUGUAUUUAUAACUGACACAACGGCAGACAAAGCAUUUGCAAAACAUGGGAUCUUCACAAUGAAUAUUAACUCUUUCCUGCUGAUUUCUCAGAGUGACACAUGCACAAUUUCUUAAGCUGAUGGGGCACCGUCCACAGAAGUCCUCAGUACCUCAAAAUUCUAUCACAUUCUAUUUAUAAAGCCCUUUUUUAGUUGUCACAAAGCUGUCAAAGUGAUUUAAAUUAACCCGACCAAGACUCCAAUGAGCAGUGGCAAGGAAAAACUCUAUAAGGAAACCUUCAAACCUCAAGAGGAACCACUGAGAAGGGGUGGCCCCUUUAAGAAAUAAACAUUUCUAUUCCAAAAUCUGCUUUUUAGGGGAUUCUUGGGAGUUGGCUCAGAAGUUUGAUACAUACCGACGAUCUAACCCUGAUCUAAAUCAUUGUAGUGUAAGAAUACAAAAAAAUGAAUUAAAAAAAAAAGUUGUUUAUAUCAAGGCUGUUUUAUAUUCAUGUUAUUGUGGUUGUUUUAAAGUCUUGACCUUCAAAACAUUUACUUAGAUCAACGUUUUGGUUCCUUUGUGUAAAUCAUUGCAUCAUUGCCUUUAAUUUCAUGUAGAUUUAUUUAUUCUUAAUAAUUUUAUGACAGAUAGAUUCUGUAUAGAUUAACGAUGACAUCUGCUUCUGUGUUAUUUGUUCAAUUGUGUAUUUAUUUGUAAAGACAUUCAUUGUACUUUUGCGAUAUAAAGAAAUUGACAGUG